AUGACAGUGGAUGCUCAGACCGGCCACAGAAAUGAAAAACACGGUGACAACGAUGUCCCCGUGAAUAAAAUAACCAGCUUCAACGGCCGAUUGAAUCAAUACUUUCACAAUACGAAGAAUGUCGUCGCAUCAAAUGGCUCGAGCACGGUCAAGGAUACCCUGAAACGGGAUUCGUCGUCGCAGGAGCAGUCUGAAAAUGACUUACUUGAUAAUGAUAACGGCUCAGAUGGUUCGUCGCGGUCGAAGCGAAGAAAAGGACCUAGACUCGCCACGGCGACUCCCACUCCGGAGGAAUCUCCUGCGCGAAUAACUCGCUCGCGCUCAGCUUCUUUACUACAGACACAAUCACCACAAACCUUCCCCAUAACCCGCUCCCAGUCUACAACCACUGUAGCGACGACGACAACAACCAAACGCGGCCGCGGCUCCCGCACCGCCUCCCAAACAUCAGCAUCCCGGUCCCUCCUCCGCGACACAAUCCCCCGCAACCUCACCCUCCUCCUCGUCGGCGUAAACCCGGGCAUCCUGACCGGCACAACAGGCCACGCCUACGCCCACCCCUCAAACCUCUUCUGGAAACUCCUGCACUGGUCCCGCAUAACCGAUAUCCGCCACCCACCAAGCGACACCUACCGCUUGCCGGAAUUAUACAACAUCGGGAACACGAAUAUCGUCGAGCGACCAACGCGAGAUGCGAGUAUGCUUUCCCGCGCGGAAAUGGACGCCGGCGUCCCCGUUCUCGAGGCCAAGGUCGCAGACAAAAAACCCGAGGUUGUGUGUCUUGUGGGCAAGAGUAUCUGGGAGGCUGUGUGGAGGGUUAAGCAUGGAAGGGGAAUAAAGAAGGAGGAGUUUAAGUAUGGGUGGCAGGGGCAGGGGGAGAAUAUGGGGGUUUGUGAGGGGUGGGGUGGAGCGAGGGUGUUUGUGGCUACGACGACGAGUGGGUUGGCGGCUGGGAUGAGUAUUGGGGAGAAGAGAGCUGUUUGGGAGGAAUUGGGGAGUUGGGUUGUUAGGAAGAGGGAGGAGGGAAAGCAGGGGCGGAUUGUUACUGGUGUUGGUGAGGAGGGUUGUGAGUUUUAUAGUACGGACUAG